UGGGGGUGAGAGUUAAGAAAAAGGAAGCUGAUACUAAUCUUCUUUCAAAUUCUUCAUUCUUCUCUGUAUUUUUUUUUUUUUCCCCAUUGGCUUCGAUUUGCUUUGCUUCAUAGAGAGAGAGAGAGAGAGAGUAUGGAGAGAAACACUCCGGUGAGAAAGACACACACAUCAACCGCAGAUCUACUCACUUGGUCGGAAGUUCCGCCGCAGGAUUCUCCUUCCUCCGCUUCUCGCUCCGCCGUUCGUUCUCACCAGCCGUCGGAUGGGAUUAGCAAAGUGGUGUUCGGAGGUCAAGUGACGGAUGAAGAAGUUGAGAGCUUGAACAAAAGGAAACCAUGCUCAGAACAUAAAAUGAAGGAGAUUACUGGUAGUGGGAUCUUUUCUCGUCACGAAGAUGAUGAUGCAUCAGAGCCAUUACCUGUUUAUCAGCAAGCACUUAGUGGUAUAAGUCAUAUAUCAUUUGGUGAAGAGGAUGAUCUGUCUCCUAGAAAGCCGUCUACUUUACCUGAAGUUGCCAAACAGCGUGAGCUCAGUGGGACUAUGGAGAAUGACUCAGCUUCAAAGCUGAAGAAGCAGCUCUCUGAUGCUAAGUACAAAGAGAUCAGUGGACAGAACAUCUUUGCACCUCCGCCUGAGAUCAAACCUCGAUCUGGAACUAAUCGUGCAUUGGCUCUUAAGGAUAAUUUCAACCUCGGUGCUGAAUCACAAUCUGCGGAAGAAGACUCAUCUGUGAAGACGGCAAAGAAGAUUUAUGACAAGAAAUUCGCAGAACUUUCAGGGAACAACAUAUUCAAAGGAGAUGCAGCGUCAUCUUCUGUUGAAAAGCAUCUGAGUCAAGCGAAGCUAAAGGAGAUAGGAGGAAACAACAUAUUUGCAGAUGGGAAGGUAGAGGCAAGAGACUAUCUUGGAGGCGUCCGUAAACCACCAGGUGGUGAGACUAGCAUCGCCCUUGUUUAAAAAAACCGGCAAUAACUUAACUCUUUGAAACCGUGAUUGAUCGUUGUGUGUUCUUGUCGUAUCCCAUACACUUUCAGCUCAAAGUGUGAUUUGUAUUUUGCAGUUUUUCCUCGGUUAUGAUGGUUUAUUAAUAUUAUUAUUCAGUUGUGUUUUUAAGCCGUUUAGGGCUUUCUAAUGUAUCUCCUGUAAUGGAUAUAACAAGUUCGAGCUUUUAAACUGUUGGGAGAUUAUUAGCAUUA